CCUUUUUCAUUGUAAUUGUUACUUUCGUUCGGUAUACAUUGCGUCGUAGGAGAAUUGGCAAAUAUAUUUUUGGCAUUUGGGGUCGGUGGUUUGAUACCACUUGAAUUUAUUUAAAAUCUAUAUUCAAACCCUAACAAAUUGUCAUGCAAAAUUAAUAGUUAUUUUAAAGUUCCUACAUACAAAACCAACAACAGUCCUUCAUUGCUUUGGCAUUAUUGUACCAAGAAGAAUUAUAACCUAAAUACAUUCCAAAAUGCCUGAACUACUGUUGUGUAUAUAGUAUUCCAUAAUCCGCCCAUACAAUUCCGUCCACAAGGAUUUCAACACAAAACCUACAAACACAAGGAUUUUAUUAGUCUGAAUAUACACUUUGCCAAGAAAAAUGUCUGCUGUUGUCGAGGAUAAAUCCAAACGUUUGGGACGUUGGUAUUUUGGUGGUUUGGCUAGUGCCGGAGCAGCCUGCUGUACCCAUCCUCUGGAUCUGGUAAAGGUAGCCUUGCAAACACAACAAGGCAAAUUGUCCGUUGUGCAACUAACAGCCAAAGUUGUACGUGAACAAGGUGUCUUGGCCUUGUACAAUGGUCUAUCCGCAUCCGUGUUGCGUCAAAUGACAUACUCAAUGACACGUUUUGGUAUCUAUGAAGUGGGCAAGAAACACAUUAACACUGAUACUUUCUUGGGUAAAAUUACGCUGGCCAGUUUGUCGGGCUGUUUUGGUGGUAUUGUUGGAACUCCAGCGGAUAUGGUCAAUGUCCGUAUGCAAAAUGAUGUAAAAUUGCCAGCCGAACAAAGAAGAAACUAUAAAAAUGCCAUUGAUGGUCUGAUUAAGGUUUAUCGCCAGGAAGGAUUCAAACGUUUAUUCUCCGGUGCCACUACAGCUACUGGCAGAGGUGUUUUGAUGACUGUUGGUCAGAUUGCUUUCUAUGAUCAGAUCAAAUCUAUGCUCUUGGCAACUCCCCAUUUCCAAGAUAACUUGGCUACACAUUUCACAGCAUCCUUGGCGGCCGGUGCCAUUGCAACAACUCUAACCCAACCCUUGGAUGUUUUGAAGACACGUUCUAUGAAUGCCAAACCUGGAGAAUUCAAAGGACUGUGGGAUAUAGUCAAGUUUACUGCACGUUUGGGACCGAUGGGUUUCUUCAAAGGUUAUAUUCCAGCUUUCGUGCGUUUGGGUCCACAUACAAUUAUCACCUUUGUAUUUUUGGAACAAUUGCGUUUAAAUUUUGGCAUUACACCGCUACAAAAGGCGUAAAGUUCUAACAGAUUUCUAAAUGGCAUGACGCUCUAGAGAAGGAGAACCUAUUUUCUAGAUAAAACAACUAAAGAAAAACAAAUAUAGUUUUAUAUAGGCUUUUAUGCGGAAACUUGGAGAACAGAACGAACAAAUUUUUUGUAUGUACAAUAGAGUAAAGUAAUCGAACGACCGACUCCAAAUUUACCUAUAUACACUGAUUGACUAGCAAAUUGUUUUUUUAUAUGAAUAGUCAAACUUUUUGUUAUUGCAUUUUUUUAUAUAAAUGUAUUUGCCUUUUUUGCUGCUAAAUGAUGUACACAGAUUUAAAUGUAAGCAAUUAUCAGUAAAUGGUCAAAGUUUUUUGAAUCUUUGUACUUAGAAUAAUUUACAAACGCAACAAACAAUAACAAUACCAAUAAUGAUUAAUUAUUAACAACAUUCCUGCUGAAUUGAGUACUACUAGCUUUUUUGAUUUGUAAUUUCGUUUAAGAUAACUAAAUGUAACUUUCAUUUAAGAAACGCAACAUUAUCAAUUACUAUUUAUUUAAAAUAGUUUUUACGAUUCGAGUGAUAAAGUAACUGCAAUUGUUUUUAUUAGUUUUCGUUUGUAUUCUUCACGCACAACUCUAGUUUAUUAAUGUUUUUUAAUUGAUUUUGUCAUAUCUUCCAUAGUUUGUUAAAAACAAGCUGCUGUACGUACUAGCAUAACAAUUGUUGUCUAUUAAAAGGAUUUAUGUUAAAUGUUUUUUUUAUACAUCCUUUAGUGAUUCUUUUGAUUCUAAUUUUAAUUUUGUUAACAAAUGAAGACUGCUUUUUUAAUAAAAAGCUGUAAAAUAUAAACAAAA